AUGGCUGAUUCCAACUACACAGAAGGCCCUCCCGCGCCGCUAGCGGAGGUCAAGAAACCCAAGAAGAAGAAGGUCCUGCUGAUGGGCAAGAGCGGCUCCGGCAAAUCAAGCAUGCGAAGCAUCAUCUUCAGCAACUACAUCGCCCGCGACACCCGCCGCCUAGGCGCGACGAUAGACAUCGACCUCUCCCACGUCAAGUUCCUCGGCAACCUGACCCUCAACCUCUGGGACUGCGGCGGCCAGGAGGCCUUCAUGGAGAACUACCUCUCCCAGCAGCGCGUCCACGUCUUCUCCAACGUCGGCGUCCUCAUCUACGUCUUCGACAUCGAGUCCCGCGACAUCGACCGCGACCUCGCCACCUACGUCUCCAUCAUCUCCGCCCUGCUGCAGUUCUCCCCCGCCGCCAAGAUCUACGUCCUCAUCCACAAGAUGGACCUCGUCGUCCCCGCCCACCGCGAGUCCGUCUACGACGACCGCGUCCGCGUCGUCCGCCAGAAGACGGCCGAGUACGCCAACAGCAUCGGCCUGCCCCACCAGGCGCACCCCCCCUCCGACGACAACGACCCCGCCAGUCCCGGCGCCCAACACUCCGGCGGCGGCGGCGGCGGCUUCGACAUCACACCCUUCGCGACCAGCAUCUGGGACCAGAGCCUGUACAAGGCCUGGGCGAGCAUCAUCCACGACCUCGUCCCGAACCUGUCGACGAUAGAGCGCAACCUGGCGAACCUGGGCGUGGCCAUCGAGGCCGAGGAGCUGCUCCUCUUCGAGCGCACGUCGUUCCUGGCCGUCUCCUCGUGGACGUCGGAGGAGGGCCAGCGGAACCCGACCGAGGACAGGCUGGAGCGCAUGUCGAACAUCAUGAAGCACUUCAAGCAGACCAUCAGCCGGUUCACGGGGACCCCGCGCAACGCGGAGCAGUUCGUCAGGAUGGAGCACAAGGCCGGCACGCGCUUCAACUUGUUCAUCCUCAAGUUCACGACGAAUACGUAUCUGAUGGUGAUCCUCCCGCCCGGCGAGGCGCGGUUCAACGCGGCCAUGCUCAACUGCCAGAUCGCGAUCGAGCACUUCAAAUUCCUCGACGGGCCGGCUACCAUGAUACCCCAAGGCGGGGCUGGGCCCGCGUAA